UUCCAAAAAGGCUUGGAUGACCAGACUGUUGUUCCGUCAAUGGUUCCACGAAGAGUUUGUCCCCGCUGUUCGAAAAUUUUCGGCCGAGAGAGGAUUGGAGCCAAAGGCAUUGCUGGUUCUUGAUAAUUGCACCAGUCAUUAUGACGUUGACGAAUCUCUACAGAGUGACGAUGGACUGAUUCAAGUGAUCUACUUCCCACCAAAUGUAACUGCUGAAUGCCAGCCGAUGGACCAAGCGGUCAUCAAUGCAAUCAAGCGAAAGUAUAAAAGAAAACUGAUGCUCGCAUUAAUUCUGGAAAACGAACACUUAAGUUUCGAAGAACGAUUGAAGAAGAUUAAUCUUCAACAGUGUAUUUCGUGGUUGGCAACCUCUUGGGAGGAGAUAUCUGACAAAACUAUACGUAAUUCGUGGAAGAAAUUGAUCGAUGGUUUGCCGGAGGAUGCUGUUAAUGUAGACUCGAAAGCGGCCGAUGAUGACUUCAAAGCGCUUGUGUCCAGGAUUGACAGCUUGGCAGGAACAAAAACAUCUGAGCAAGAUAUUGAUCUGUGGAUCAAAGAUCAGGUGUAUGAUGCUGAUCAUAAUCCAGAUUGGGUAACCAGUGAAGCGUUCUCUGAUGACGAGAUUUUGUCAUCAGUUCUCAAGAAAGAUCAACCUGAAAUGCAAGAAGAAUGGUUGGUAGACACAGAAGAUGGAAGUAAUUCGUUUGAUACUUCCAUUACUAGUACCGGAGAUCCUGAUUUUGGCGAUGCAAUCAAGUCAAUUGAUUGCCUAGUUCGCUAUAUGAAGCAUGAUGUUGCAGAAGUAUGCCGUUUGAACGCGCUACGUUCGAAAAUCACUGAAGUUGAAUGGCUAAAACGAGCAUGUUGAAGAACUCUACCAUUUUGUUGAAAAUGAAUUUACGUGGUUUGUUUAAUUUUGUUUGAAACGUUUAAAAUAAAUAUUGUUUUUGUUGAAUAA